AGAAGCUAUUUAGUUAUACGUGACUGCAACUGUUCCUGAAUAGUUUUACAACGUAGUGUUAAAACUUUGAAUUUCAACUUUUUUUGUAUUAUUCAAAUAAAAAAUAAUGAUUUUUAAAUGUAUAUUUAUUUCAAUUUUCAUUACGUAUGCCACUGGGCAGAGUACUAAAUCAAACUACCAAUAUAAUGAAGACCAUCGCGUCAAGGAAUUUCCAGAACCAGCACUUAACAGCAAAAGUGACACUAACUCAUAUGGAGGAGGCAAUAGUGUUUAUUUUACGAGUGGUCUUCCAAUAAAUUUUGACUCCCGAAAAAAAUGGCCAAAUUGUCCAUCAAUCGGUCAUAUUUAUAAUCAGGGAAACUGUCGAUCGAGUUAUGCUGUAGCGGCAGCUUCUGCAGCAUCUGAUAGAAUAUGUAUCCAGUCCAAUGGAACGAAAAAUCCUAUAAUGUCUGCACAGCAGAUUAUUUCUUGCUGCUAUUUGUGUGGACAUGGAUGUGAUGGCGGAUCACUAUUCGAGUCGUGGGAUUAUUACAGGAGACAUGGGUUUGUGUCAGGUGGAGAUUAUAACUCCAACCAGGGUUGUCAACCAUAUACAAUCCCACCAUGUAAACUAAUGAAUGAAAAACCACCUGGACACAGUUGUACGACAUAUCACAGAGAGGAAACACCAAUAUGUGAAAAAAAGUGUUAUAACCCAAAUUACUACACUUCAUUCAGAACCGAUAUUUAUAAAGGUAAAUAUUAUAAACUAUCUCCUUAUAUGGCAAUGAAAGACAUUUUUGAUAACGGCCCGAUAACAACCCAGUUUUAUAUGUAUAGAGAUUUGGUUGAUUACAAAUCAGGUGUAUAUCAGUACGACGAGCAGUCAGAUUUUGAUUUCUUUACUGUCCAUAGUGUAAAAAUUUUCGGUUGGGGUGAAGAAAAUGGUGUCCCGUACUGGUUGGUUGCCAACUCGUUCGGUACAGAUUGGGGUUAUAACGGAACGUUUAAGAUUUCAAGAGGUAAUGACGGAUGCUUCUUCCAAGAAAAAAUGUACGCUGGAUUACCAUUGUAAUAAAUAUUGGUCUUGAUGUCAUAAAAUAAUUAUCAAUAAUUCGUAUUCGGUGGUACAAUAAAUAUAAAACAUAAAAUUUAAUUUGUACCUACACAAUAUAAUAUUCAAUAUGUAUUAUAAUUAAUGUAUACAAUAUUAAAAUCUAUAAUAUGUGGAAAGUAUGAUAACAUUUAUAACAUUAUAAUAUAUUAUAUGUAUAUUGUAUAUAAUAUAUCAACUAUAUGUAUAAAUAAAAUAUAAUUAAAAUAAUCAUCA